CUCUUUUCCAUCCUCUUCAUCUGGGACUUCUUUGGCAAGUCGAGCAUGACUCUUGUUCUCCCUGACUUUAGUUGUUGAUCUCCACACUGUGCCUCUGCCCCUGAUCUGAGGUCUGUGAGGUCAUUUCAUCUCUUCAGGGUCCCUCAACAAUCCACAGGACUGCAGACCAGCCACUGAUCAGGGAUCAGGACAGGUUGUGGGGUGAAACAGGGCACGCUCAGCAAGGCAGAGUGUGAGAGGGGUUGAGAGAGGCGUCGUAAGAGAGAACAAACUCAACUUGGUGACAGUAUGGACAUGGAGAGGCUGGGGAGUGGAGGAACCAAACCCAGCGCGGGACCAAAUGCACUGAAAGCCAUCCUGGCAGUGUGCGUGUGUAUCUGUCUGGCAUUGCUAAUAGCAGUCAUUACACUGUCGCACAAAUCAAGCAAUGAAGAAUUCUGCCUUACGCCACAUUGUAUCGAAGCAGCCGGAUCUAUUCUUAGUAAGAUGGAUCAAUCUGUAGAGCCAUGCGAUGACUUCUACCAGUACGCAUGUGGAGGGUGGCUCAGGGAACACCCGAUUCCAGAGGAUACUUCCAGCCAUGGGAUUUAUCCAUGGCUUCGACAGAAUGUAGACCUUAAGCUUAAAGAGUUAUUAGAGGAACCAAUUGGAGCUAAAGACAUUGAUGCGGUGAAGAAGGCCAAAGUCCUCUAUACAUCAUGCAUGAAUGAAUCUGCCCUUGAGAUUGAAGAUUCAAGACCUCUACUGAAGAAUCUAAAGCAGAAGGAAUUUCGUUGGCCGGUUCUUGGAGACGCGUUGGGUUCUUCUUCGAAGUGGGUGGAGUCUCAGUUUAAUCUGCUCGAGACGCUAGCUCAGAUACGGAGCCAACACAGCAAAUCCGUCCUCAUUCGCCUCUUUGUUUCUCCUGAUGACAAGAACUCAAACCAAUACAUUAUCAAGCUGGAUCAAGCUUCUUUAUCCCUGUCAUCCAGAGAGGAUUACAUCACCAACACAACCGAAGCUCAAAUGUAUCGAGAGGCUCUUCUAAGGCUCAUGGUUGAUGUUUCUGUCAUGCUGGGAGCCAAUGUACAGGCCGCAGAGGCUCAGAUGAAACCAGUGCUUGAUUUUGAGAUAAAACUUGCACAGAUAGUGAUCCCAUACGAAAACCGCACCAGUGAAAACAUGUACAACAAGUACAGUUUGUCUAAACUGCAGCGCACUGUUCCAGAGUUUAACUGGCUGGGUUUUGUCAGAGCUGUGAUUGACACCGAGCUUUACCCAGACCAUAAAAUCAGCUCUUCGGAGCAGGUGAUCGUACGUGCCCCACAGUACUUUAAAGACCUCUUCAAACUCAUCAAUGCCACUGAGACCAGGACAGUUGCCAAUUAUGUUAUAUGGAGAUCAGUUUUGUCCAGAAUCACCACGCUUAGCCGACGCUUUCUUUACAGAUACCUGGACUUUGCUCGGGUGACCACAGGAACUACUUCUUUGACCCCUCGAUGGGACAAAUGUGUGAAUUAUAUUGAAAACACACUCAUCUAUGCCACUGGUAGACUGUUUGUCGAUAAGCAUUUUCAGGAGGAUAAAAAACUCAUGAUGGUGGAAUUGAUCGAUGGUAUCCGGUGGGCAUUUAUCGACAUGCUGGAAAAGGAAAAUGACUGGAUGGAUGAAGAAACAAAGAAAAAAGCAACAGAGAAGGCACAUGCAGUCUUGGCAAAAGUGGGUUACCCCGAGUUUAUCCUGAAUGACACUUAUAUUAAUGAGGACAUCAAACGAUUGUCAUUCAAUGAGACUGAUUAUUUUGGGAAUGUCAUGCAGACCCUCAAGUUUAUAGCUCAGUCUGACAUCGGCUGGCUGAGAAAAACAGUCCCACGUACGGAGUGGUUCACCAACCCGACUACAGUAAAUGCAUUCUACAGCUCCUCAACCAAUCAGAUCCGAUUCCCUGCAGGUGAACUACAAAAGCCAUUUUUCUGGGGACUAGACUACCCUCGAUCCUUAAGUUAUGGAGCAAUUGGUGUAAUUGUCGGGCAUGAAUUGACUCAUGGCUUCGAUAACAAUGGCAGAAAAUAUGACAAAGAUGGAAACCUCGACCAGUGGUGGAGCAACUCAUCAAUCACCCGCUUCAACGAAAAGACACAAUGCAUGAUUGACCAAUACAACGGUUACUACUGGAUGGAGGCGGGGCUAAAUGUCAGAGGGAAGAGGACACUAGGAGAAAAUAUUGCUGACAAUGGAGGAAUAAGAGAAUCGUUUAGGGCCUACAGGAGAUGGAUCGAUACAAAGAGAUCGGGACUUGAAGAACCUCUUUUACCUGGAGUGGGUCUGACCAAUAAUCAGCUCUUCUUCCUCAGUUAUGCUCACGUUCGUUGUAAUUCCUAUAGACCAGAAGCAGCACGAGAUCAGAUCCAGAGUGGAGCUCAUAGUCCUCCUAAAUAUAGGGUUAUCGGGGCAAUGAGCAACUAUGAGGAGUUUCGUAAAGCUUUCAACUGCCCUGUGUCUUCAGUCAUGAACAGAGGAGGGGAGUCCUGUCGAGUUUGGUAAAACUGGGACAGAAAGGACCCUGUGAAGAUUUUGGUCACGGCACCACCCAAACCUCCAGAUUUUUGUCCCAUUCACUGAUUUCUAUAGAGGUACAGCAGUUACUAACACUGAAGCCUCGGGCUGUGCUGAGCGCCUGGCCCAUCAUCAGCCACUGGAUUACUGCAGACUACAGAGAUACAUCACAUACUGUAAAUGCUUGCAGUCAGAUGCGUUUCUUUGCAUUUUUGGUUAAAAUUACCUCAGUGCAAAUGCCAAACUGCACACAUAUAGAUUCUAUUGAGGUCUUGCUUUGUAUUCGUCAGUGUUUAUCUCACAAACAUAUGUGACCCUGGACCACAAAACCAGUCAAUAAGGGUACAUUUUUUGAAAUUGAGAUUAAUAAAGCUUUCUAUUAAUGUAUAGUUGGUGCUCUGGAAUCUGAGGGUGCCAAAAAAACUACAAAAACUGAGAAAAUCGCCUUUAAAGUUGUCCAAAUUAAUAAUGAUAAAUAUUCUUUUGAGAUUAUUUUGAAAUUUACAAAAUAACUUCAUGAUCUUUACUUAAAAAUCUGACUUUUUCCAUGUUUAAGUGCUAUAAUUGGAUCCCCAGUGCUUCUAUCAACCUAGAAAAUAUGAAAAAAAUCUACCCAGUUACUCAGUUUUGGUAAACCAUUCUCUGCAAGCAUGUGAAUUUGAAAUUUGACUCCACUUGUGAUGUCAGAAGGGGAUAAUACCGCCCCUUAAUCUGCACUAUCCAACCAUGGCGCUGCCAUUUAGUGCAGAGAUCAGCACAUUUGCAUUUAAAAGGGACACACCCCAAAACAGCAUUUUUUGCUCACACCUACAAAACACAAAAGACGACAUUUUGAUAAAUGAUGAUAAACACACAGCUGGUGGAAACCAUUGACUUCCAUAGUAGGAUAAACAAAUACUAUGAAAGUAUUGUGAUAAAUGAUGAUGAAGACAUUUAAUAAAAUAUGGUAAGCACAGUCGAAGGUUCCUAUUGAAUUCCAUAGGAUUUGUUUAUCCUACUAUGGAAGUCAAUGGUUUCCACCAGCUUUGAGCUUAUCAUCAAAAUUUCUUCUUUUGUCUUCAUCAGAAAAAAAGAAAUUCAGACAGGUGAGGGUAAGUAAAUUAAAACAGCAUUUUCAUUUUUGGGUGAACUAUCCAUUUAAUAUCCAAAUGAUUUCUGGCAUAAGAAAAUAGAUCAUUUUGACAUAUAUGUAUUGUUGGCUAUUGCUACAAAUAUUCCCGUGUGACUUAUGACUGGUUUUGUGGUGUAGGGUCACAUAUUAGAACUUAACGUUGCUUUAAGUCAUCUAUAAGUUAUUGUUGUCAUUGUUAUUGAUAAUAGUUUUGUUUUUACUUUAUUUUAUUGUAUUUUAUUGAAAAAAAAAUACUAUGGUGUUAAAGUAAAUAAUUAUUGUUUUCCUGA